AUGUAUAAAUAGAAUGAUUAACUUAAAGGUUGGGAUAUUGAAUAAUCAAUGGAGUCUGAUGAUGGCGAAAGAAAACAAGUCACUUAGGUUUCAAGCAUAACAAAAACUUCACCAUCAGAUAGGCUAUGUUUAAAGAAGGUAUACUUAAAGAGUCCUCAACUUUCACCACUCAGAGUGCAUCCUUCAAUUCAUCAGACUACUCCACUUCGAACUUCAAUACAACAAAAAUUUGUUUUCAGCAAUUAGUUAAUAAAUAAGAAACGAGAGAAAAGCAAGGGUUGUGAUGUUGAGAUGGAGUAAUCUCAGAGAGUAUUUAUUGGAAAUGCAAGAGUGCAAUAAUCAGUAAAUGUUGCCCAUUUGCGUAUAAAAUUGAAUGGAAUUCCAGGAUAACCACAACACAUUAAGGCAUAUACUUAGAAUCAAUUAUAAGCAAUAAUGCAUUUAAAACGUAGAAAUUUAUAUUUGAAAUCAGUACUAAAAAAGGUACGUUUGCUCAGUAUGAAAGGUCUGUCAUGAGAAUGAUGAACGGUAUUCGCAUCAUCAAAAUUAAGAGCAACAAGAAAUAUUUCUAGGAUAUAGAUAUAUUGAUGAUGACAUGCAGAAAUUGCAGAGUCAGAACAAUAGUAUGAAUCUAUAGUAUAUGUUUGGAAUAUUAUAGAUUGCAAUCACGUAAGAAUAGUAAUAUGAGACCUAUAAGGGUGAAGUAGC